GGAAGUCGAGAGUGGGUUAGUCUCAUUGCUUGCAUUUGUGCCGAUGGUACUGCUCUCAAUCCAGCCAUUAUCUUUCAGGGAAUGAUUGUGGGAGAGGACUGGAUGUCGGAACUAUCAGAGGAGGAAAAGUAUUGGGUCACAGUGUCAGAAAAGGGAUGGACUUCGCAAGAAAUAGGACUUAGAUGGCUGGAGGAUGUUUUUCAUCCAGCAACACAAGCCAGGCCGGGUCAAAGACGACGACUACUCAUCUUAGAUGGACAUUCAAGCCAUGUCAACUAUGACUUUAUCACCCGAUGUGAUUCCCUUCGGAUUGAUCUCCUCAUUCUUCCACCACAUUCAACUCACUGUCUUCAACUGUUACGGGGUAACAACGAAUCGAGAGGACUCUAUCGAGUUCGACGGAUUAGGACAGAGGAAAGCGGGAGUUGGAGGCAGUGCUGCAGUAGGUAG